UUCUGUGCAACAUCCACACUGCUGGCAUCAAGAGCAGGAACAUGGAAGCUGCAGUGAUUCAGAUUCUCUGGUGUUGGAGGAAUAUCAGUGUGGCCAUUCAGACCACUGGAUGGAGAGCUGUGCCACGUCAGAACAUUCCAGGCCACAUUCCAGUUGCCCCAGCUGGGAAGGUAGAACUGAAGAAGGCAAAACAAUGAGGCCAUCAAAUAAAGAAAUGACCAAAAGAAAUUCUGCCAAUCCAGCAGAAAGGGAAACUGAUGAGGUGGUCCUGAGGAGAAGACAAAAGCAGAUCAAUUUUGGCAAGAAUACCCUGGCAUAUGACAGAUACAUUAAAGAAGUUCCAAA